ACACACACACACACACACACACCAUUUACCAGCACCUCUCUCUUCCUUCUCUCCACCUCCUCCUUUCUCUCUCUCUCUUACCCUUUGAGUGAGCGAGAGAUCUCCCAAACCCGAGCGAGGCGCUCCCGGAGACCCAGAGAGGCGAUAUCCUCGUGAAGCGCAACAUGGCUACAAUUGUAACCUCCACCAGGUUUACAGACGAAAACCAGCUGUACGAAGAGCUCGGAAAGGGUGCCUUUUCUAUUGUUCGGCGAUGUGUAAAGAAAUCAACCGGCCAGGAAUAUGCUGCUAAGAUCAUCAACACAAAAAAGCUGUCAGCACGAGAUCAUCAGAAGCUAGAAAGAGAGGCCAGGAUCUGCCGUCUGCUUAAACAUCCCAACAUAGUGCGUCUCCAUGACAGUAUCUCAGAAGAAGGCUUUCAUUACCUGGUCUUUGACCUCGUAACUGGUGGAGAGUUGUUUGAAGACAUCGUCGCAAGAGAAUAUUACAGUGAAGCAGAUGCAAGUCAUUGCAUCAAUCAGAUCCUGGAAAGCGUCAGCCACAUCCACCAGCAUGACAUUGUGCACAGGGACCUCAAGCCAGAGAACCUGCUGUUGGCCAGUAAGAUGAAGGGGGCGGCAGUGAAGUUGGCUGAUUUUGGCCUUGCCAUCGAGGUGCAGGGAGAUCAGCAGGCCUGGUUCGGUUUUGCAGGCACCCCUGGAUACCUCUCCCCUGAAGUCCUGAGAAAGGACCCUUAUGGAAAACCAGUGGAUAUCUGGGCUUGUGGUGUGAUCUUGUAUAUCCUGCUGGUGGGUUACCCUCCUUUCUGGGAUGAGGACCAGCACAAACUGUAUCAACAGAUCAAGGCUGGAGCCUAUGAUUUUCCCUCUCCAGAGUGGGACACUGUUACCCCGGAGGCCAAAAACCUCAUCAACCAGAUGUUGACUAUCAACCCAGCGAAGAGGAUCACGGCUGACCAAGCGCUCAAACAUCCGUGGGUCUGCCAACGCUCCACUGUCGCCUCCAUGAUGCAUCGUCAAGAAACUGUUGAAUGUCUGCGCAAGUUCAACGCCCGCAGAAAACUAAAGGGGGCUAUUUUGACCACCAUGCUGGUUUCCAGGAACUUCUCAGUGGGUCGGCAGCACACCAGCCCCGCCGCCCCCACCACCAGCACAGCUGCACUGGCUCAAGAAGCAUGCAAAAGUUUACUGAACAAGAAGUCUGAUGGCGUGAAGCCACAGACAAACAACAACAAAAACAGUGUAGUAAGCAGCAGCACCAAAGACAGCAGCAUAUCAUCCACUGCACCAAUGGUACCUCAUCUUAACUUUUUAUUUCCCUCACUCAUAGUCUUUCCUUUUCUUAAGUCUUUGUUUAGUAAAAGGCUUUAUCAGUUUGUCCCAUACCUGUUGUUUUGACUCCCACCACCCAUCGCUCAAUCCACUCAGAUGAAGAUGUGUGACGUUGCUCAUGGUUUUUAAUGAGUUGAACUAAAACAUCUGGUUUGUGCCUGUGGAUUUCUCUCUGACUACCUAUUUUACCCAAACAAACUCGCAGUUUAGUGUACGUUUGACAGCUUUACAGACAAACCCUGUACUUCAAAAAAAACUUCAGAUAACUUGCUCU